GGGUAGUGGGGAUGGAAAUGAAGGUACAUACUCUGCUUCCAAUGGAUCCCAGGCACCAGGGGCAGGGUACACAUAGAGAGGGACGAAGAUGUUAGCUUUAGGGCCCAUGCUGUUCUUCUUGCGUAGGGUGACCACGACUGCCGGAGGUAUAACGACCGCGAGAAUGGCAAUAAAAACAAAGACCCCCAAAAUGAUUCGAGAACGUCGGCUUUGCAGACAACGACGACCGCUCACGUGUUUGUCUAGCCCCAUCGUUGCCAGGUUAGGGAGGCAAUUUAACGCAAAUGCCUUAGUCUGCAACGCAGGAGAACAAGAGAGUGGAUUGCUGAGUACUAAAUCCAGGCGCCGGAAGACUAAGAAAUAAGUAGUCAGGUCUCGAAACCUAGCGUUCGGCCUUUUGCCUUAGUGGUGGACCUCCUGGUGAACCAGAAAAAUACACGCCGGCGGGCCCAAAAUAGAGCGGGG